UUCAACUCUGUUCAAGAAUCAGAAGACUUGCAUCGAUGAAUUUGAUACAAGAAAGGCAGAAUGAGAGUCAAAAGACACGACCAAUCCGAGUUAAGAACCCGGCCCACGAAAAUCUCUAGCCCAUACUAUUAAUUUCACUGGACGGCUAUGCCAAUAAAGUAGCCCAAAACAUGUUUUUUUGGAAAAAAUUUUCGUCUGCUAUGUUCAAUUGUUUUUUAGCUGGUAUUAUCAUGUUUCGCUGACAAAAAUAAUACAACGAAAAAAUGCAGCAGUCUCCCCUUCGUUCCUCCAGAACUGUAAUAACUAUUUUUCGUUCACUUGCCUUCCCGCGAAAACCUUCAUUUCUCUUCUUCCAUUCGUCAUCUCCGGGCCCACCCCCCAAACAACAGCAACGUUGCACUUCCACUUCGCCACUUGGUUCUCCGACACGAGUUCAAAAACUUAUAUCCGCCCAGUCUGAUCCUCUCCUUGCCAAGGAAAUCUUCGAUUUCGCCUCUAAUCAACCCGGUUUUCGUCACUCUUACUCUUCGUUUCUCGUCCUCGUUCUCAAACUCGGCCGCUCCAAACACUUCUCCCUCGUCGACGACCUUCUUAUUCGCCUUAAAUCCGAUAAAUACCAAGUAACCCCAACUCUCUUUUCUUACCUUAUCAAAAUCUAUGCAGAAGCAAAUUUACCCGAAAAAGCUCUCAAAACAUUUUACAAAAUGCUUGAGUUCAACAUCAAGCCUUUACCCAGACACUUAAAUCGCAUUCUCGAACUUCUUGUUUCUCAUCGUAACUUUCUGAUGCCUGCCUUUGACCUUUUCAAGAAUGCCCAUAAAUACGGGGUUUUUCCCAAUACAAAAUCUUACAACAUUUUAAUGGUUGCGUUUUGUUUGAAUGGGGAUUUGAGUAUUGCUUACAAACUGUUCAACAAAAUGUUUGAGAGAGAUGUUGUGCCUGAUGUCGAGUCUUAUAGGAUAUUGAUGCAAGGGUUGUGUAGGAAGAGUCAAGUGAAUAAAGCUGUAGAUUUGUUGGAAGAUAUGUUGAAUAAAGGGUUUGUACCCGAUUCGCUGAGUUAUACUACUUUGUUGAAUAGUUUGUGUAGGAAGAAGAAGCUUAGGGAAGCCUAUAAACUUCUUUGUAGAAUGAAAGUUAAAGGGUGUAAUCCUGAUAUUGUGCAUUAUAAUACAGUUAUAUCGGGUUUCUGUAGAGAAGGGAGAGCUCUGGAUGCGGUUAAGGUUCUUGAGGAUAUGCCUUCAAAUGGGUGUUUGCCGAAUUUGGUUUCCUAUAGGACUUUGGUUGGGGGUUUAUGUGAUCAAGGGAUGUUUGAUGAGGCUAAGAAGUAUACGAAGGAAAUGUUGUUAAAGGGGUUUUCUCCGCAUUUUUCGGUUUCUCAUGCUUUAGUCAAAGGGUUUUGUAAUGUUGGUAAGAUGGAGGAAGCUACUGAAGUGCUAGGGGAAAUGCUGAAGUAUGGGGAAGUGCCACAUAUGGAUUCUUGGGUAAUGAUAAUUCCUAGAAUCUGUGAAGAUGAUGAAACAGAGAGAAUGGGGGGGAUUCUAGAAGAAGUUAUAAAGGUAGAAAUGAAAAGAGACACAAGAAUAGUAGAGGCAGGCAUUGGACUGGAAGAUUACUUGAUUAAGAAAAUAAAAUCUAGAUCAAAGAGACCUUGAAUAGUAUUAUAGAUACUGCAGAUUUAAUUGGCUAUAUAUGUUCCCCUGAUGUCAGGGAUCUUUAAAUUUUCUUAAUCCAGGGUGAUUGCAUUGCAGGUUGUCCGCCUCGCUACCCUUAUGGAAGCCUGAUGCAGAGAUGCCAUUUGCUAAGUGAUGUUUGGAUCCACAGAAAGACAGAAGUUUUGAUGGCAAGCAGUUUGAUUCAAUUAAGGGUAUACUUUAUUGCAGUUUUAACGAUGUAUUUCCGUUGUCCACAAAAUUUUUUACCAAUAUUAAAAUCAGAUGGUAACUGUUGCAAAAGUUUUUUCAAGCAAAUUUUGUAUCGAUCUUUACCUAUUUGCAAUUAACAGUUGGGCCUAAUUUGUCGUGUUCCUAAGGAAUAUGGUUCUAACUUCCAAAAUAUUUACAAGAAAGUGGGAUUUUUUUUCUUGUCAGAGCUUGAAUAAAACCAAAUAUUUAUGAAAUCUGGAGCCAUUUAGGAAUGAAGAAUUAAACGAAGAGUUCCUAAAUUAUAUGUAGUUUCAAGAUACGAGUGUCGUGUGCAAAUUGUGGAAUUUUAAUUUUGAAAAACGAUGCCAAAUGAUUCUCUCUUUUUUUUCCUAGAAGGAACCAACUGAUAAGUACUUAAGCCUGAUGGACUCUAUAACAUUAGCAAAGGCCCGACCAUAUUUUUGGGGCCAUCGAUGAAAUGUGAAAGUGACCAUGGUGAAGCCAAUUUUGUUGAAAAGAGACCAACAAGUUCGACACCCAUGUUAGCUGAACUAGCCUCCUAUUCUAGUUAAACAACAAAAGACCAAACGACUGUCACCUAGCCACAACAAAACAGACAAUGACUAUGGUAUAAAAACCUUACCUACUUUCACUUAUUGUUAUAAAAUAUAAUUUAGUAUGAUAAAGAGUGUAAAUUUUUUUCUUUUACCACAAAUAGAACAAACAACAAAACAUGCUCCAUAUUCACAAUUCCUUUGUAUUUUGAAUUAUUUUGUCAUUCCUCCAUGCAUAUUACCACUAGGACUAUAAAACUACUCUACUAAAUAUGCAUCAUGGAUGUAACGUAAUGCUAUACCAACUAAAAUUCUUAGGCAAAUGCAAGGGAAUUUUUUUUUUCACUGAAGGGCAACGCAUUAGCUGACAGAUAAGGUAAAUCUAGGCAGAUUUAAGUGGCUGCAAUGCGAUUUGCGAAAGGAACCUUAAUAGAAAAUGGUAAA